UAUAGAAAAUGUAUGCACACGAAAGGAUAAGAUCAUUCCAUAUCGAUACUUUCACUUUCGCCAAUAACGCCUGUGCCCCCUACAAGGCAAUAUAACUUCAUUAAACUGUUAGGUUAAGAUGAUUUAAAGAUGAAAACAUGUCCUGAUAAAUUUAAUUCGUAAAAUUCCUCUAUUUGAUUUACAAAAUUAUAUGCUGUUAACCCUGUGAUAUAAAAAUUUGGAAUCACCCAAAUAUGGAUUUACAACACAUGUGUCAAACUUGAUACCUGGAAACCUGACAUAAUAUCCUUUCAUUUAGAUACGAUGUGAUGUUUUAGAGUUAAUUAAACGAAAGAAACCAUUCGAGAUGGGUAAAACAUCAGCAUUUGUCAAAUUUUCUCUGUUUGGUUUAGCCAUGAUCUCUCUGUCAAUCUGGAGGAAUAAUAAAGAUCAGAUCGAAUGGAACACAAGCAAACAAUUGAGGCACCUGACAUCACUCCAGAACUGUACACCAAGGGCCAUAACUCAGUUUCCACAUGGGAUGUUUACACAAGAACAACGAGUACAUGGAGCAGUAGUGAUUAACAUCCUUAUAGCAGUCUAUAUGUUUUUGGGUUUUGCAAUCAUCUGUGAUGACUACUUUGUACCUUCUUUAGAAAUCAUGUGUGAUGUUCUCCAUAUACAGUCAGAUGUUGCAGGAGCCACUCUAAUGGCAGCAGGCAGCUCUGCACCAGAACUAGCUACUGCUGUUAUAGCUGUCUUCAUUGCUAAAGAUGAUAUAGGACUUGGUACUGUUGUUGGUUCAGCUGUUUAUAAUGUGAUGUUUGUUAUCAGUAUUUGUGCAUUAUUUGCUGGAAUGGUGGUACAUUUGAAUUGGUGGCCUUUAUUUAGAGACUGUGCCUUUUACACAUUGAGUGUGUUAGCUUUAGCUUAUGUGAUAUAUGAUGAAAAUGUAUACUGGUAUGAAUCAUUAGGACUUGUGAUAUUCUACAUUUUUUAUAUAGUGCUGAUGUUUUUCAACUCUAAAUUAGAAGUUUGGAUGGUAGAACAUUGUAAAUGUUUGUGUAGUUCUGUUCAUCAUAAACAAGGAAUAAAACACAACAAUACUAUCGUUCACUAUGACAAACUAUCUGAAUCAGUCACAUCGAAUGGCAGCAUUACCUCAACAAAACAUAGACACUAUGAUGUAGAAUCAGAUUCUCAAGGAUCAGAAGUGGAUGCAGAUGAUGUGGAUCAUUAUGAUGAACCACUAAUGAGUAAUAUUGAAGAACCAGAAUCAGUAUUUGCACUUCCAAAUGUUUGGUACAAAAAAAUUCUAUGGACAUCUUCUUUACCUUUAAAAUUUUUAUUCUUCAUAUCAGUACCUGACUGUCGGCAGCAACGAUGGAAAAGAUAUUUUUUUAUAACUUUCUUCAUGUCAUUAUUUUGGUUGACAGCCUUAUCUUAUUUAAUGGUUUGGAUGAUAACUAUAAUAGGUUUUACUGUUAAUUUACCAGAUACUGUCAUGGCCUUGACAUUUGUGGCAUUUGGGGUCAGCUUGCCUGAUGUUAUAUCAAGUCUUAUUGUAGUUAGAGAAGGUUAUGGUGAUAUGGCAGUUUCAAAUGCUGUUGGCAGCAAUGUAUUUGAUAUUUUAAUUUGUAUGGGUGUACCAUGGGUAUUAAAGUCAGCUAUUAAUGAUGGUGCACCAAUAAAAGUAUAUAGUGAAGGAUUAUUAUAUUCAACGUUGACUUUACUAGGGACUGUAGUGUUUUUACUUGCUGCUACUCAUGUGAACGGCUGGAAGUUGACAAAGAAGUUAGGAAUAGUUUUAAUGAUUGUUUACCUCUUAUUUACUGUACUCACUGCUUUAUAUGAACUAAAUAUUUUUGGAUAUGUUCACCCCAAAGAAUGUAAAACUAAUUACUAAACUUUUAUGUAAUCUGAGGACAAAAUCUCAGAUGUUUUUGAUUUUUGUGUAUUUUACGUCAACUACAUGUAUUAUGUAAAUGUUGAAUUUAUUGUAAUUUAAGUCUUUUUCAUACACAAAGGGAAUUAAAAUGAAUCUAAAUAUUAUAAUGAACCAUUUUUCUAUUAAUAUCUAUUGUGGAAACAGUUCAAAGGUUAGAAAAAGGAAAAAGGUCAGUCUUAAAAAGAAAAUUUGGCAAUGACAUUUUCAUUCCUGAUGUAAAUCAAAUACAUGUACACAAAUCUGAUCAUCUCGCGUUACUACUGAGGAUAAUUUUUAGACAAUGUCUGAUUAUCAUUUUGUUUAUUGAUAUAAAUCAUUUGAACUAGUAACUAGUAUCCAAUACAAUUGGGUUAAUUUCAAGAAUUUACUUGAAUGUGACCUGUAGUUUUUACAUCCUUGUUCUUUAAUCUUUGGUGGAUAGUUGUCUCAUCUGCAAUUAUACAAUAUGAUGUAUUAAAAGUUUAAUGGUUAUGAUAGUAAAGGAAUCAGUGAAGAAGAAAUGGCGUUCAGAUUCGGUUUAUUGUAAGAUAGUUUUGUAAGAGAUGAAAGAAUGAUGUUUUGAUUAGAAGUAUACAAAGUUAAAUUGUUCAACAUUUGUUUACAAUAUCUCUUAUAUUUUUUCAUAUUUUUAAACACUAAAUUUUUAAAAUGAGUAAGUAGGAUUUACUUCCUUUUGCUUGAAGGAUAGAUGAUUUGUUAUUGUAUUUUAUAAAAUAUUUUACCUGUAAUGUUAAUAUGAUUUUGUGAACUGAAAUGAUAACUACUGGUAGUUUUACUGUUCAAGUUACGAAAAUCAUUUAGUCAUUUUGCUAAGAAUGUAUUAAAUAGGGUAUUAUUGUUAUUUCUCUUCUUAUUUAUUUAUUCUCCCAAUGUUACUAGUUAUACUUGCAGUGCUAUUAAUUUUAAACUAAAACUUAUAUUGCAUUUCAGUUUAGAAAUGUAUUUAGUCUGUGAUGAAUGGGGUGAUACUUAUGUUGUGUAUAGGCUUGUGUUAACCUGUUGAUAUUUUAGCGUGUUCAUUUUUGGCAUCUUUGUCAUAUCUGGGAAGAUACCAAAUAGAUAACCUUCACAAAUUGUAUUCAUGGCAGAUGCUGACUAAAUAACAUCUAAGUUGAAUACUGUGGAUUUUAUUUUUGUGGGUACCAAUUUUCAUGGAUUGAAGAAAACUUGUUUUAUCAUGGAUAUUUGAAUUCAUGAUUUUGGCAAAGUCUUCAUACAUUCCUUAAGAAAACUUUUAUUUCGUAUGACAUUUAAAUUUGUGGUUCUCUUUUUCCCACAAAAUCCAUAAAAAUUGGUAUACAAUAAAUAUAAACUCAUUAUACUCAAACUUCAAAAACAAAAUUUUAGAACCCAAAAACCUAUUGUCAUUUGUUUUGGUAGCAUUGUGAUAUUGCUGAUAUUGCCAUUAAAUGGCAUAUGAUGGAACUUAAUCAAAAUUGAAAAUUAAACAUGUAUAUGUAGAACCAAUUGUAUUUGCCACUCUAAAAAGCAAUAAUUUUAAGCACUAUUAAAAAAAUAUAUAUUUCUACCAGGAAAUAAGUUUAAAGAAAUGAUGUGGCUCAAUAUAUACAACUUUCUGUUAUACAUCAAAAUGUAAAUAUCAUAAAUGGCAUAUUCUAUCAUGCUGAAUCUCUAUACUUAAUUGUGUUUUUUUUAAACAUUUUUUAACAUUUUUUUCUGAUAGCUUUACUUUUUUUUAUGUUACCUGCUGGUCAGUUCUUGACUUUUAUUGUCUUUCAUUAUUAAAAUAAACUGUUGUUAAAUGUUAUUGACUGAAAUUGAAAUAUGUUAAUUACUCGUGGACAUUUUCAUACAGUCUACAAUAGAAAAGGGGGCAUUCUGUUACCUGGUUUAUUGCAUCUAUCUGUCCUUCUGUUAGUAUGUCCUGUAUCCUUUAAUUUAGUUUGUUAUAAAGUUGUGGUCACUUCAAUAUUAAACUUGGUACACAAUCAUCAUCAGAGCAGACACAGGGACAGAUGGGCUGAUUUGUAUAUAUCCCCCAUACAAAAUCAAAAGGUCUUUCCAUACAACUAUUUUCAGAGUGUUCCACAUUCUCAAUUAUCGACAUAUUUUUCACAACUGAGUUUUUUAGCACACUGUUCUGUUUUAUCAUAUUCAUUAUCACAGAAAAAUCGAUAUUGAUUCUUUUUUGUCUUGUUGAUUAGCAAAUAUUGUAUUAUUAAAAAAGUAUUCAAAAAAUUGAUGUGAUAAUUUGCCUUGUGGUGUUACAUUAAAUCCCACUAGAAAAGAAGAUUGCUUCACAUAUGAUACAUAGCUUUAUGUUAGUUUUUUGUUGUAAAAACAGAAGAGAUGCAGUUUUGCUGUUUAGAAUAAUUCUUAUUUGUGGGGGGCAUACACAAACAGUAGAGAUGAAGAGCUGAUGUUUUGAAGUAUUCUCAUUGGGUGGAGGUGGGCAUGUAAAAUCACAAGAGAUGUUGCUUUGUUAUUGAGUAUAUUUCUCAUUGGAAAAGGGGGAGGGUGGGUGGAAAAUCAAUUUUCAUAUAAAGGGGGGACAAAACAGUUGAGAUGUAGUGUUGCUGUUUAUUAGAAAUCUCAUUUGGGGAUUGGGGACCAUAUUAAAACAGAAGAGAUGCAGAGUUGCUGUUUAAUAGAGUUCUCACUUGUGGGGGUGGGGGCAUUUUACCCAUUUAGUAGUUAAAUAUUUAUUACAAAAGUUAUCUCUAAAAUCAAACAGCUUUUCCUAAAGGAAUUACAAUGACAUCAGGCUUUUAAGUGUUCCAGAGCCAGGUAAAAAUGUGCAUCUGGUCUAGCUUUUCCAUGUCACAACAUCAGUCUAAUAAAAUAUAUUUUUAUACUUGAUCUAGGUAUUUAUUAUCAUAUUUAAUUUUUUUUCAAAGACAAUGUAUAUUUUUAUAUCAUAUUAAAUCAUAUUUCGUAUUAUAUAAAUGGGAUUAAAGUUACUGUAAAAAUUAUUGAAUGCAUUGAUUAUUGUGAUUUCAGGAAAAUCGGUGUAUAAUAUAUGUAUCAGAUGUCAGAAUGUGAUUCUUAUUAUUGCGAUAGUCACUUAGACACAUUAUUUGCAUUAAUAAAAACUUCUCAAUAAUUUCUAAAUUUACAGUAAGAGGUUUAAUCAUGCAUAAAGACUCAAUUUCUGAUUUGUUUUCAAACAACAUUUUAGUUGCAUAAUACCAAACUUUUCAUUUUUCAUGUGGUAUUUUCUAAUCGGGUAAAUAGUUUGGCCUUAAUGAAUGGGAAAUAUAUUAUAUUUUGCUGUUUCAUUUCUAGCUUAUUUGAACCAAACUGCUCAUUUUCAUCAUAUAUUAUUUUGAAUCAAUGGGUAAAUAUUUAGGUCUUAAUGAUUGGAAAAUGCUUUAUUAUUUCUUUGUGUCAUAUUGGAAAAAAGGAAAUGUUUGCUCCCUAUAUACAUUUAAAGCUUUACAAACUUGGUAGGACUGAAUGCAUAGUCAUUAUUUGAGUAUUAAAUUUAAGUUUUCUGAGCUUUAAUUGUUAAUAAAUGCUUUAUUUUUUAUUGUAAACAUUUUUGUAUAUUUUUUUUUUAUGUGUUCAAGUAAUAUUUAUCUCUGUUAGAUUUGAUGAUGAUGAUGAUGAUGAUGAUUAUUGAAGGCUGACAUUAUAAACAUCUGGCAUCAAAUUAAAUGCAUAUACAGGACAAGAACAUGUUUAUGUAAUAUGAAUAUCAACCUUUCUUUGUAUUAGACCAACAUGCUGAGCCUGAAAUUGAAAGUGCUAGUUCACAAGUUGAAAGGAUGCAGAAAGACAUACCAUGGAUAUUUUUUUCUAAAAUUUUUUUUUAAGAUUUCAAGAUGAGAUAAUGAAUGAAUGUUUCUAGGUAGCCAACAUUUCCACAUUUUUUCUAGUCUUUAUAUUUGUUGUCUCUUAUUUAUAUUUAUUGUUUAAAUCUCACAUUUUUACAUAUAUUUACAUGUCAUACAAUUAUGCAUUCCAUUAACAUUUUAUUACACAUUAAAUCUUUUUGAAAUUUA